UGUGGCUACCACGGUCACUCAUUUCUGGAGGCACACCGAACAUGCCAUUUUUUUUCAAGCAAAAGGUGUGCAUGAUCAUUUAAGGCCGGAAGCCAAAUCAACUUCAGAAGCCCGGAGAAGUUUAAAAAUCAGGAACUUUGGUAUGUUAGUGUCAAGAGAUGUUUCAUUCAACAACGGCAAGCAAACAAGAAUACGAUGAUCAUAGUAUGAGUAAUGAAUGCAGUUACUCUCGUGGUCGACCACCGACAGAAUCUAUUACUCGCAUCACCGACUGGGAUAUCAACGACUCAAUUAUACCAAAGACUUCAACUUCAAGGAAACAAAAGUCAGUAAACACUCGUAAGAACUAUUUAAGUGUUCAACCCGCCCGAGUAGUUCCCGAUAAUCAAAAUAUAAACCCUAACUGUUCGUGUUUACCACACUGCUGUGUAUGUAACCGCCUCGAGCUACCCGCAACGACCGCCGACACGGGGAUGCCGCAACCGUACGCUUUUGGCGGCGACAACUGGUCGUCGGGUAUGCAACAAUUCACCCGUUUACCGCCGCCCGCCGACCCGUCACCCAUCGACGAUUUUGCUGCCGCGCUUUGGGUCCCGAGGCGUUCGGUCAGCCACAGCCGUGCGCCGCUCUGGCCAACGAUGUGUUCCAAGACGGCCACGACCCGUCGUCGUACACCAACAAGUCACCUACCACUAUGCUGGACCUGGGCCAAUGAUGUCGGUUUGGCCAGCCCAAUCGACUUCAUCGGGGCAAACGCCGACGCGCUGACCGACGCGUCUGUUGACUUCAUGGUGUUGGAUCCCUCGAAAAUGUUAAACAAUAACAAUAAUGACUAUUACAUGGACCCUUAUUGCGCCGGUAUCGCCGUCGAGUCUUCCAGCGACUAUAGCGACUUUUCGCUGAAUUGGUCUCAGUAA